CGCGCGUUGGGCGGUGCGUGGGGUACGGUGGGCGCUGGGACGCGCAAGCGGCGCGGGUCCGGGCAUGAAGCUGGGCCGGGCCGUAGUGGCCCUGCUGCUGCUGGCGCCGUUCGCUUGUCGUGCCGUGGAGCCCAUCAGCCUGGGCCUGGCCCUGGCCGGCGUACUCACCGGCUACAUCUCCUACCCGCGCCUCUACUGCCUCUUUACCGAGUGCUGCGGCCAGAAGCGGAGCCUCAGCCGAGAGGCGCUGCAGAAGGAUCUGGAUAACAAACUCUUUGGACAGCAUCUUGCAAAGAAAGUCAUCUUAAACGCCGUGUCUGGUUUCCUAAGCAACCCGAAGCCCAAGAAGCCCCUUACCCUCUCCCUGCACGGGUGGACAGGCACCGGCAAAAACUUCGUCAGCAAGAUCAUCGCAGAGAAUAUUUACGAGGGUGGACUCAACAGUGACUAUGUGCACCUGUUUGUGGCCACGCUGCACUUCCCCCACGCCUCCAACGUCACCCUGUAUAAGGACCAGCUACAGAUGUGGAUUCGAGGCAACGUGAGCGCCUGUGCUCGGUCCAUCUUCAUCUUUGACGAGAUGGACAAGAUGCACGCAGGCCUCAUUGAUGCCAUUAAGCCUUUCCUAGACUACUAUGAUGUGGUAGAUGAUGUCUCCUAUCAAAAGGCCAUCUUCAUCUUCCUCAGCAAUGCGGGGGCAGAAAGGAUCACAGAUGUGGCUUUGGAUUUCUGGAAAAGCGGGAAGCAGAGGGAAGACAUCAAGCUCAGAGACAUGGAGCACGCCCUGUCCGUGUCAGUCUUCAAUAACAAGAACAGUGGCUUCUGGCACAGCAGCCUCAUUGACCGGAACCUCAUUGAUUAUUUUGUCCCCUUCCUGCCCCUGGAGUAUAAGCACCUGAAAAUGUGCAUCAGAGUUGAGAUGCAGUCCCGUGGCUAUGAAGUAGAUGAGGACAUUAUAAGCAAAGUGGCUGAAGAGAUGACCUUCUUCCCCAAGGAGGAGAGAGUCUUCUCCGACAAGGGCUGCAAGACUGUGUUCACCAAGCUGGACUACUACCUGGAUGACUGAGCCCUGCCUGCUGCAGACGCUCCUGCCCGCGCUGUCAGGCCACUCCUCUCCCAGGAGGCUGCUCAGGACACUUCCUGCUGAGGUUACCAGGUAUCUCCUCGGGGACUGUUUCUGCUCCUCAGAGUCCGCAGUUGGUCAUGCUGUAGAGACCACAGACACAGCAUGGACCCAAAGCUUCCUGGAGCCUCCAGAGGAUGAAACCUCCCCGCCUGCCCAUUCCUAGGCUCGUGGUAUUUUUUAAAAAUUAUGUUUUAAUUUCAGGUGUUUCUGUUUUGAGGCAGAACAAUUAAGUUUUAUUGCAAAUGUGAUAACUUUAUUUUAAAUGGUUUUUAAUAUUGUGAGAAACCUUUCCACUGUUGGCUUUGUGUCUUUUGAAGCUCUCAGACCAACACCACCAGUGUUUGUACUGCAGAAGUCCAAGCAUGGGCACCUGCUGCAUGAAUGGUGUCUUGGGGCCUGACAUCGCCCUGCCAGGGGCUGUGCAGUGAUUAGGACCGGAUCACUAUCACAAAUGUACCAGUGUGAAGUGGGAACAAGUUGAGUGGCACUGUGGGUGUUAGGUCCAUUCCAGAAGCCUGGCAGGCAGAGCUCCAGAUGGGCUUGUUUUAUGUACACACAGUGCCUGCGAAGGGGUAGGGCUCCUGCAGGUGUGGCUGCCGUUCAGGGCACUCACGGGGCUGGGUUUAGCAAGGCCUAAAGGGCCUGACGGUUCAACAGGUCAAAAACUAGGUCAACUGCUGGCAGAAUCACCCUCUACCUCUGCUACCAGCCUGUUCAGGGCUUCCGAUGAUGGUUUCAAGUCCCCAGGAGUCACAUCAGGUCUGACUACUUAUCUAAAGAUGAGGCAGCCGGGCGGUGGUGGCGCACGCCUUUAAUCCCAGCACUCGGGAGGCAGAGGCAGGCGGAUCUCUGAGUUCGAGACCAAGCCUGGUCUACAGAGCUAGUUCCAGGUCAGGCUCCAAAGCUACAGAGAAACCCUGUCUCAAAAAAAGAGGCGCACAGUCCUCUCUUCUGAGUCCUGUAGAUACGACAGAGUGGGGCCAUGUUGGGCUCCUGGAUGUUCAACUGAGAAACAAAGGGAGCAGCAGGGUGGCAGUGAAGAGGGCUUACCUUUCCAGAGUGUUCUGUGAUGGAGCAAUGCUAUCAGUGCUGCUGAGAUGCCAGCUUAGCAGUUACCCUGAGACCUGGUCAACAAACAGAACUAUAAUCAGGCUCUUUACCAGUUCUGGGCAGGAAGAACGGCAGUCAGAUCUCUCUUGAGCUAGAAUGAAGACAGCUAUGGCCAGGUAGAUCUCACCAUUAGGAGGACAUUAUAUUCCUGACAGCCCCCUGCCUCUGAACUCCAGAGCUUCUCAGGAAGGUAGAGAACUUUGGAAGCGCCCAACUUUGGCCUCUACGUGUAUGUGCAUGCAUGUGAUUGCCUGCCCCUCACAAGUGCAAACAUGCCAAAGGC